UGUUACAAGCGUUACUUCGAUGACAGUGUGUGUGUUAUCAAAAGAGAUGAGAUCGAUGAAUUCCAUAAACACCUUAAUGACCAGGAUGAUAAUAUCAACUUCACCAUCGAAAGGUAUACAGAUGAUGGAUUGCCCUUCUUGGAUACCCUCAACAAAGUACGUGACGAUGGCUUCAUUAAAUUGUCUAUUUACGGAAAGAAGACCCACACUGGUCGCUAUUUAGACUUUAACAGUCACCAUCCUAAGGUUCUUCUAGCCCAUAGAAGUGAAACGCUUCUCGUUGACGAUGCUUUAAAAAGUAAAGAGCAAGAACAUAUCAAGACAUGCCUAUCAGAGAACGGCUACCCAAAGAGGUUCAUAAAUAAGCAUUUACAAUUGAAAAAGAAGACUACAGAGACUACAGACGAGGAUAAAGGGUUGGUAGUGUUACCGUAUGUACAGAAUUUGAGUGAGAGAAUUUCUCGCAUAUUGGCACGUUAUAACAUCAAAACAUGCAUGAAACCCUGCCAAAAAUUACGCGGGUUUCUCUCCAAACCAAAAGACCCCAUUGACAAGGGAAGUCAGACAGGGGUAGUGUAUUCAAUACCAUGUCAUGAAUGUGUUAUAAAGUACAUCGGUGAGACGAAACGAGCACUUAAAACCAGAGAAAAAGAACACCAAGCAGCUCUAAGACUGAACCAUCCGGAUAAGUCAGCUCUAGCAGAGCACGCCAUGAAGACUGGCCACAGCAUUAACUGGCUUGGUAGUUCUGUAGUUUAUAAAGAAGAACGAUGGCACCAGAGGAAAUGGCUGGAGUCACAAAUCGCCUUCGAAGCCCUAAGGCGCAUGCGUCAAGUUAAAGUCUAUGCGCAUGAGUAG